AGUAGUGCUGCCAAGAAGAUGAGUAUGCAGAUAUCUCUUCAAAGCCAUCUUGGGAAGAUGACGGAGUAGAGACCCAAGGCAGUUAUUGCAGAAUCUCUGUGGUGACUUUGGUUCGCAGCAGGUGUAAAGUGCCGAACAAGGAGUGUUUAGGGUACUUGACCAAGAUGCCGAAUAUCAAGAUCUUCAGCGGUAGCUCCCACCAGGACUUGUCCCAGAAAAUUGCUGACCGCCUGGGCCUGGAGCUUGGCAAAGUGGUGACUAAGAAAUUCAGCAACCAGGAGACCUGUGUGGAAAUUGGUGAAAGUGUACGUGGAGAGGAUGUCUACAUUGUGCAGAGUGGUUGUGGUGAAAUUAAUGACAAUCUGAUGGAACUUUUGAUCAUGAUUAAUGCCUGCAAGAUUGCUUCAGCCAGUCGCGUUACUGCAGUCAUUCCCUGCUUCCCUUAUGCCCGACAAGAUAAGAAGGACAAAAGCCGGGCUCCCAUCUCAGCUAAGCUUGUUGCAAAUAUGCUAUCUGUAGCAGGUGCAGAUCAUAUCAUUACCAUGGACCUACAUGCUUCUCAAAUUCAGGGCUUUUUUGAUAUCCCAGUGGACAAUUUGUAUGCGGAACCAGCUGUCCUGAAGUGGAUACGAGAGAACAUCUCUGAAUGGAGGAAUUGCACUAUUGUCUCACCCGAUGCUGGUGGUGCUAAGAGAGUGACCUCCAUUGCAGACCGGUUGAAUGUGGACUUUGCCUUGAUUCACAAAGAACGAAAGAAGGCCAAUGAAGUGGACCGCAUGGUGCUGGUGGGAGAUGUGAAGGAUCGGGUGGCCAUUUUGGUGGAUGACAUGGCUGACACUUGUGGCACAAUCUGUCAUGCAGCUGACAAACUUCUCUCAGCUGGAGCCACAAGAGUUUAUGCUAUCUUGACUCAUGGAAUUUUUUCUGGUCCUGCCAUUUCUCGUAUCAACAAUGCAUGCUUUGAAGCAGUAGUUGUCACCAACACCAUACCACAGGAGGAUAAGAUGAAGCAUUGCUCCAAAAUACAGGUCAUCGACAUCUCCAUGAUCCUUGCAGAAGCCAUCAGGAGAACUCACAAUGGAGAAUCCGUUUCCUAUCUGUUCAGCCAUGUCCCUUUAUAAUAGUAUAAUUUCUGAGGAGUUUUAAAGAUAAAGUAAGCCCCAGCCCUAUUUCCCCAAUUUGAUUCCACCUGACCCUUUGUCUUUGUAUAAAAAGUUCAGCUUGCUCCAGUGUAGUUUACCCACAUGAGGUAUUAUAUAGCAUUUCUCUUAAAUUAGGGAAAGACAGAUUGAGACUAAGUGCUGGAAUUUCCUACAGCAUUGUCUCAGCUCAGCUGCAGUAAAGAUUCAGAAGGCAUUGUAUAGAGGAGCUUGAAUGUGUAUAAGGAAGGUCAGAUUAUUUUUGCAUGUGAAUGCUUUAGGGUUUCCUUGGCUCAGAACUACUAGCUAGAAAGCAAGCCCAAUCCCCACUCUCCCACUUUUGACAAGUUCUAUAAAGUCUAUUAUAAAUGACUGUAAGAGCCCUGUUACGUAGCCCGUUAGGUAGGAGCUGGCAACUCUCAGCUCAAACACUUCUCAGGCUAAUGUCUAAGGGGAGACUACACAGUGCAGCAAAUACUUCUUGAGAGGAAAAAGCCUGAUCUGUCACCCUCUGCUUGGUGACUGUGUUACAUGGAUUCUUUAUACCCGUUCCUUCCAUUUAGCUUGAAUUUCAGCCGUCUCAAUCUUUAGCUGGCCAAAUAUCUUCUUGAGCCCAAAUAUUCAUUGCUACCUUAGUCUUCUGGAAAGCAAAAUUCCUGCUAAUCGCCAACAUUUAUAUGAGAUGAGUCCUAUAGUGUAUUCUCAGCCUACUACCACUGUGGUUGUAGGUUUUUAAGUGUUGGCAUAGUGCCUUUUGAUUAAGUAUUUAAUUUUUAUCUUCUUGGGAUAGAUUAUUUGGCCUCUCAUGAUCUGAUAUUUCUGUUAAAAAGAUGAUUUCUCUUAUGUAGAAGUAACUAAUAAAGUGUUUGUGUGUGAUGAUGAGUCUAAUAAAAAUCUUGGAUUGUACUCAGAA